AUGCCUAGUUUCUUCCCAAAUGCGAGAAACUUUACUUUUCAGAGUGCUUCCUUCUCAAACGCUCAACGAGAUAUCGUCAUCGACAACGCGAACCCAUCUACCACUCACAAUCACUACACGACGAACCACUAUGUGACGACCAUUACUACUAUCGCGGUGUGGAGGCUCGACGAGAGGAAAAUCAAGUUGCAAAACCUCCUCCAGGCUCCUAGAUCGAUUUUGAGGCGAUUUGUUCGACGCAUCUUCAGGAAUGGUUUACUGAAGAGAGCCAAAAACAGGGCGGCGAUGGGAAUGGAAGAUUUAUUAGCGUUAACGGUGAUCACAAUCGAGUCGGCUGGUAGACUCACGCUUAACAUCAUAAAACAUUUCCUGUCUCCUCUUUCACAUGUUUUACAGUUCCUCUCCAACACUUUAAUCGCUUUCCUUGAGCUGUCGUUUUCGCAGUCCCUGCUGGUUUCGUCGUUUUCCACCGUAUCUGCCCAUAUGUACUCCCCCCAAAGUGUUAACACAAAACUCCGACAAGAAUUCUAA